CUUCCCCCUCCACCCCCUACCUGAGAUAUUCCGAAGGAGUCGGCAAGACACCUGUCAAGAAGAGACUUAAAAUCCAGCCUGUUACAACAAUAGCGCUGCUGGGAUAUAACUCAACGCAUGGAAUAAGGACGUCAUUUUGCUUCGAUACAGACUGGACGAAUCAAGCCUGAUUUUGGGCGCUUGAGAAAAACCAAUGCGCAUUUAAAGCUUCCAUCUCUCGAACGGCAAUUUAGUUGUUCAGAACUUUGAUAUACCACCUAUUGUGUUUCCCCCAUAGACCGUUUAGGUUUUCCAUUCGAACUCACUAGUGGAUCAACGCUUUAUCAUCAAUUUGUUAAUAGAGGUCUGGAGACAAUGCAUCCCACUAUUCAGAAAGACACUACUUUCACUAAGAUAUUUGUCGGCGGUUUACCUUAUCAUACAAACGACGCAUCCCUUCGAAAAUACUUCGAGAUGUUCGGGGAUAUUGACGAGGCCGUUGUGAUAACGGACAGACAAACCGGGAAAUCCCGAGGAUACGGAUUUGUGACUAUGAUGGACAGGGGGUCGACAGAACGGGCAUGUAAAGACCCCAACCCCAUCGUCGACGGGAGGAAGGCUAACGUCAACCUGGCCUACCUGGGUGCCAAGCCCCGCAGCCCACAGACAGGUUUCUCCAUCAGAGUGCAGCAGGUCCACCCCGCCCUGAUCCAGAGGCAGUAUGGAUUGGCCCAGCAGUUUAUGUACCCCCAGGCCUUCCUCCAGCCCAGUCUGGUGCUCCAGUCCCACCUCAGCCCCUCUCAGGCCUCCCUCACUUCUCCAUAUCUGGACUACAGCUCAGCCUAUGUCCCCUACACCUCCACCACCUCUACUGGCCUGGACCACUACCCCUACACUCCCUCCCCCUCGCUCUCCACCAGCUACCUCAGCUACCCCUACACCCCCUCCCCCUCGCCCUCCGCAAGCUACCGCUACUCCCCCGCCACACAAGGUCCCACCAUUUCCGCCCCCAUUACCCCGCCCGUCCACCCCUCCCUCAACCCCUUUGCUGGCCUCUCUGUCCCCCCCGCUGCCUACCUCCAAUACCCCCUCCACCAGCCUGACCACAUGCUGUGAUGGCGGAGAGGGAGGUGUGGUGAUGUGGGGUGAGGAUGAUCAAAGGGGGGCACUGAUGACAAUGUGAAUGGAGACUUGGAAUAGGAGGAUUAUUGCGCUAUGACCUGCGACAUCAUCAGUGUGAGACUCCAGACAGCCGAUGAGAGAGUGGGUUCUGAAUCCAAAGGGCUUUGUCAAAACAAAACACACUGGGACGUCUUCCUGUUUUUCUAUUAGGGUUAUUAUCCAUUGUUGUCGUAGUUGUUACUAUGCUACUAUUGCUGUUGUCACCAAUGUUUAUACGAAUGUUUUUAGCUAAUGAUGGAAGUAAGAGCUAUCCCUGUGUCCAAUGCCAAACAUGAUGGAGUCAAUGGAACAUGAGAACUGAAAGAGGGGAAUUAAUGAUUCUGGAUCAACCUAGAUCCUUGCACUCCUCCUUACCCAUACAGAACACCCACCUUGUACACCAAGCCAAGGCUAGCCCUUCAAUGUAGUGGAUGGCGCUUGAAGGUUGGGCGAGGAUGGGUUGGGUAACUAGAUGCUCCGCCUCUCUCUUCUGGAAGUUGUACUGAACGUUUCACUAGCGAGGUGAGAGAGAGGCAGCAUCCUCUUCUGGACAUUUCUCCAGGAAUACCUUUCUCUACGUGGCCUUAUAGCCUCUCUCUGUUUCCAUGUCCUCCAUGAGUGCAAGUUGUAAGUUAUUGCAGAUUGAGAAUCACACUUUCACUAAAUAUGCAAUUAUUAUUCUGAUGGAGUAUGGGAUGAAUAUUUAUAAGGUAGGCAACAUUGUAACAUGCUUUUUAUAUCAAUCUUACUCUAACAUAAUCAUAAUCAAUGCAGAUUUUUGUAAAGAAGGUAUUUCCAUAUUCAUGUUUAUCAUCAGAGACCUGCAGCAGCUGGGGUAAUUGACUAUCUCAGUAUUGUUUAAAGUGAGCAGAGGCAGAAACUACAGGCUAAUGGAGGAUGUAUGAUCUGGUUGUGGAAUAAUAAUGUAAUGUUUUAAUGAUACAAGUGUUUUCCAUCAGGUGAGUUGAUGUCUGCUAGAACCUGACUGAUGCUAUGGGCUAGACUCAUGUAUGUGUACAGUCGUGGCCAAAAGUUUGUAGAAUGACACAAAUAUUCAUUUUCACAAAGUCUGCUGCCUCAGUUGUCUUCAGCUAUUUUUGUCAGAUGUUACUAUGGAAUACUGAAGUAUAAUUACAAGCAUUUCAUAAGUGUCAAGGGUUUUUAUUGACAAUUACAUGAAGUUUAUGCAGAGAGUCAAUAUUUGUAGUGUUGACCCUUCUUUUUCAAGACCUCUGCAAUCUGCCCUGGCAUGCUGUCAAUUAACUUCUGGGCCACAUCCUGACUGAUGGCAGCCGGGGUGGCAGGGUAGCCUAGUGGAUAGAGCGUUGGACUAGUAUCCGAAAGGUUGCAAGUUCAUAUCCCGAGCUGACAAGGUACAAAUCUGUCGUUCUGCCCCUGAACAGGCAGUUCCUAGGCCAUCAUUGAAAAUAAGAAUUUGUUCUUAACUGACUUGUUCCUGUUCCUGGAUGGUUGGGAGAUGUUGCUCUCAGAGGAUGUGUUAGUACCAUUCUUUAUUCAUGGCUGUGUUCUAAAAAUUGUGAGUGAGCCCACUCCCUUGGCUGUGAAGCAACCCCACACAUGAAUGGUCUCAGGAUGCUUUACUAUUGGUAUGACACAGGACUGAUGGUAGCGGUCACCUUGUCUUCUCCGGACAAGUAAUUUUCCGGAUGCCCCGGACAAUCAGAAAGGGGAUUCAUCAGAGAAAAUUACUUUACCCCAGUCCUCAGCAGUCCAAUCCCUCUACCUUUUGCAGAAUAUCAGUCUGUCCCUGAUGUUUUUCCUGGAGAGAAGUGGCUUCUUUGCUGCCCUUCUUGACACCGGGCCAUCUUCCAAAAGUUUUCGCCUCACUGGGCGUGCAGAUGCACUCACACCUACCUGCUGCCAUUCCUGAGCAAGCUCUGUACUGGUGGUGCCCCGAUCCCGCAGCUGAAUCAACUUUAGGAGACGGUCCUGGCGUUUGCUGGACUUUCUUGAGCGCCCUGAAGCCUUCUUCACAACAAUUGAACCGCUCUCCUUGAAGCUCUUGAUGAUCCGAUAAAUGGUUGAUUUAGGUGCAAUCUUACUGGCAGCAAUAUCCUUGCCUGUGAAGCCCUUUUUGUGCAAAGCAAUGAUGAUGGCACGUGUUUACUUGCAGGUAACCAUGGUUGACAGAGGAAGAACAAUGAUUCCAAGCACCACCCUCAUUUUGAAGCUUCCAGCCUGUUAUUCGAAGUCAAUCAGCAUGACAGAGUGAUCUCCAGGCUUGUCAUCAUCAACACUCAAAUCUGUGUUAACGAGAGAAUCACUAACAUAAUGUCAGCUGGUCUUUUUGUUGCAGGGCCGAAAUGCAGUGAAAAUGUUUUGGGGGGGGGAUUCAAUCCAUUUGCAUGGAGGGAUUUUGCAAUGAAUUGCAAUUCACCUGAUCACUCUUCAUAACAUUCUGGAAUAUAUGCAAACUGCCAUCAUACAAACUGAGGCAGCAGACUUUGUGAAAAUUAAUAUUUGUGUCAUUCUCAAAACUUUUGGCCACGACUGUAAAUGUCAAAUGUAUACACGCGUUACUAAGUCGCUUUGGAUAAAAGCAUCAGCUAAAUGGCAUACAGUGGGGCAAAAAGGUAUUUAGUCAGCCACCAAUUGUGCAAGUUCUACCACUUGAAAAGAUCAGCAAGAAAUCUUGCUUGUUUGUAGGUGACCAAAUACUUAUUUUCCACCAUAAUUUGCAAAUAAAUUCAUUAGAAAUCCUACAAUGUGAUUUUCUGGAUUUUUUUUCUCAUUUUGUCUGUCAUAUUUGAAGUGUACCUAUGAUGAAAAUUACAGGCCUCUCUCAUCUUUUUAAGUGGGAGAACUUGCAAAAUUGGUGGCUGACUAAAUAGUUUUUUGCCCCACUGUAUAUAUGUGUGGGUGAUACAGCAUUUGUCUGUGUGUCAGUGCGUGUCAGUGUAUGAGUCAUGUGUGUUUUGGUUAGGCACGUCAUCCCCUGGCCCCCAUUGUAAGCCAUUGUGAGAGUCAGUGUUGUGCCAUCGUCUCUGAGCCAGCUGCAGUUUAGGGUACAGAGCUGCUCCAGGAAUCUCUAUGUGCGGCACCACCUUAUUUACUUGUACAAUGAAGCCAUACAACCACAACAGAAAUAUGUAUAAUAAAAUGUAUUUGUUAUUACA